GCUAUGCAUAAUGAUUGUGAACCCAUAAGACCCCGUUAUCUUCAUGGAUACAGUCCAACUCAGGAUAGCACAGACCUUCUAGAUACUAUCUCUGUUGCUGUUCACAUGCUUAAUGGAAAAGAAACAAUGCACCUAAACAUUUCCAAACACAAGCUUUGAUGGUGGCAUUAGACAGUGUACUAGCUGGGGUCUGGAAAAUAUCAAGCCGAGUAUUCCAGUCUAAAAAGAAUGAGGGGAGGGGGCCCUGGCUGCUACGAAGUCGCGUCAGUUCUAGCUGUAUCCGUGUGAUUGGUGAGGUUUCUUUUGUUCCUCCCUUGUUCGGACUUUCUCUAUCUUGUGUGCAGGUUUAGAUUUCACUGAAUUUGGAAAAAGUUUUGUGCGUCGUGUCCCCUUCAAUAUAUUCAAUAAGUAUUAUGGCAUGAGCCUGGAGCAAAAGUCUUGAUGUAGAUAAUUAAGCAUUAUGGAUCACAGUUACAUUUUGCAGGAGAUGUAAUAAAGCAGACCCCCCACCCCCAAAACAAAAAGUUGGCGAAGACAUUCUGGAUGUGAAGAUAGGAAUCUUAGGAAAUCCCUCCUAAACGGAGUACACCACUUGGACACGAUCUGGGAUUUGGAAUGCCUCUCAUCCAGUCUAACAUGUCAACAUAUUCUAGCAAUUUUCUGCUGGUUCCUAUACCGGAGUUCCCGGUCUUAGAUUGUUCUCCAAAUAAAACUAUCAAGAUCGUUGUGCUCGGAGGUAGUGGCGUGGGAAAGACAGCACUUGUGGUACGAUUCCUCACCAAACGGUUUAUUGGCGACUAUGAGAGCAACACAGGAGCCUUGUAUUCAAGAAAAUUCAACUUGGAUGGAGAACAGAUUUCACUACAAGUUCAAGACACUCCUUUUGUGUCUCUCCAGGACGAUAAUGACAGCAUUUGCUGUCAAGAACAAAUUAACCGUUCCAUAUACUGGGCAGAUGGAUUUGUUUUUGCCUUCUCCAUUACUGACUACAGCAGUUCGAGAGUCAUUCAGCCCCUCUAUCAACACAUUCGGAAGAUACACCCUAGUGGAAAUAUUCCAAUUAUUGUUAUUGGGAACAAAGGCGACCUUCUCCGAGCAAGGCAGGUAUCAACCAAGGAAGGAAUCCAGCUUGCCAGUGAGCUAAGUGGGAUGUAUUUUGAAGUUUCAGCCAGAGAGAAUUAUGAAGGAGUUUAUGAUGCAUUCCAUCAGUUGUGCCAGGAAGUCAGCAGGGCGAUCAGAAACAGCAAUGGUGAAAAGAGAAGGGGACUGCAUUUUGUUCGUCCCAAGUCGCCCAACAUGCAAGACUUAAAACGAAGAUUCAAGCAAGUCUUAUCUUCCAAAGUGAAAUCUGCCACAUCGCUCUGACAAAUGCCUUAUGAACAGUGCAAAUAUAUAAGAAUAUUUAUAAAUAUAUUUAUUUUUUUAGAAAGAGCAAUAUUUUAAAACCAAACUUCCUGUUUACCAUUAGUAUGUGUUCUGCACUUAUGUUUAAUUCAAUAAGACUACGACGUUAAAAUUUUUUUUCACAUAAGACAUACUGCUAACUUCUGCUAUUCAGCAACCAGAAUACAAUAUGGCUGCCAUGUAGGUGUAGCUAGCUGUAAAAGAAACAUAAAAAUGGAAUCAGUCAAAAGGCAUACAUUGGGCUAGCAACCAUUUGGGAAAAUCGUUUGCCAAACAAAACUAUUCUAAAUUAACACAAGUGCUAGUGUUGUAAAAACAGUAAUAUGGUUAAAUUAAAAGUGUGCAGGUUAGUAAUUAUUUGGUAGUCUGCAGCAGGAAGCUUCUUAUUCACUAUAUAAAUUUAGUGAUUACUUAGAGAUAUUUACAAAUGCCAGAUGAGUUUUACUCUUCCAGUGGUGUGUUACUCAAACAGCCAAAGGGGUACCAUUUAAGCAUCAGUUAUUAUACUCAUUUGACCUGCACAACUUAACAAGUGCCACCCUUUCUUUUCUUUUGUAUUGUUAUAGUUAUUUUAAUGCCCUAAUACAUGAAGGCCAUAGAUGACCAUUCAUCUCAGUACUAGACUGGAAACACUUUUCCUAUUUUUUGUUUCCUUCCAAGUCCGUAACAUUUCAUUACUGAGUCUGUUCAUCUAAGUGUGAAAAUACACAUUCCUGGUUUAUGAAGUCACUUUUGAGAUCAGAAAAUGGCGAGGAUAACCCUUAUUUCAUACCCCAUGAUAAAGAAGAAAAUUCUUAAUGAACAUGCAUGAAUUAAACUUAAGAUGUGCCAUAGAAUGGCAGGGGGUCAGUGUAAGUACGUUUUAUAUAACUAUCUCAAACAGUGUUCAUUUUGAAAGAAAGGACAGCUCAGAAUUACAAACAGUUUAAAGGUUAUUACACUUCUGGACAUAGCAUUUGAGUAACCGAUGGAAACUUUAAACUUCCUUGUCAUUUCCUGCAUUUCACAGCUCUCCUGGGGAAAAAUGUUUUUUUAUUAUCACAUACGACUAUCUGUCUGUUUCUUAGUAACAAAAUGUGCUUUCAUAAAGUUAACUACUUUUUACAAACUGUACUACAAUAAUUGUCUUUCUUACACUUCCACUUUUGAAGUGUAGGAUACUGAAGUUUGACUUCAUUUUUUGUAUGAAAACAUAUUAAAUCUAGUAAAGUGUUCUCUUCAGAUUGCUUUUUUCCUUUAGUAUUUAGUAGAAACCUGACUGCCCUGGUGCUUGAAUAUUUUGGCUCCUACUUAUCAUUAAGGCAGUUUAAGGUCAGUGCAAGCUAUCUGUUCUUGGGGAAUACUUCUGACCUACUUUCUUUACUGCUGUGAGGACACAAACACAUGCACCUUUCAGGUUUAUAGUGACAUAUUUGGUAAAAUACUCUUGGGUAGAGGGAGGCAGGUGCCAAGCAUAUUUCAUCAUUGCUUUAUAAAGAAGUUGUCUGGCUUAAACCUUGAUUCCUAUGUGGUAAGAUGGGUAGUCAGCUGGCUUAAUGACAGAACUCAUGCAUGUAGUAGAUUCCUCCUAAACAGAGAGAGGGUGACCAGCAGUGUUCUCUGGGGAGUGGUGCUUGGCAUUUAUUUCUCUGACUUCAAAACUGAAAGCAAGACCUCUGGCUGACCAAAUUUGCUGACAGCUGAAACUGGGUGUAAUUGACAAAACCCUCUGAAGAUGUUCAUACCCUCCCAAAUAAGACCUGCAGCACUGACAGCACACCAUUAUCAAGUGAAAGAGAAGUUAGUGAUCAGGGCACCUGGGUAGAUAAUGCCCUCUCCUCUGAUCACCAUAUGGUUUCCACAGUCAGGAAAUCUUUCUGUAUUUCACAACUAUAAAGACAUCAUCUAAAUCCAAGGAAGUGAUGUUCUCCUAUAGUGAAUUCUGGUCAGAUCUAUUAUUGAAUAUCAUAUUUCCUUUGGCAUGUACCUCACUAGAUAUAUUAAAAAACUAGAAAAGCCUUAAAGGCUCCUAACCAAAAGAUUUCUGCUCUCAGGAAUAUUAGCUACUAGGACAGAACUGAAAGACUUGCCACUAUACUCUGUGUCUUAUACACUCCUGAAGGGUGAUUUGCCCCUUCCCUACCUUUUCAUUAGAGAUCCAGUUAUCCUUGACCUCCUUUCUGUCAGUAAUUCUAAAAGUACAGCUAAAACUAGAACCACAGAUGUUAACUUACAUUAGCAAAUAAAUAAAACAUGAUAGAAGGAUAGGUUCAUCUCCCAGCAUCGCCCCCUGGUCUGAAAUAAACCUCCUCUAUAAUUCAAGCAAUAUGACUGUCUUCCUUUAAACAUAUUAUGGAUGACUGGAUGAGUACCCUUAAAUUUACACUGGGACUAACAGGGUGAUUAGUUGGCAAGACACACAUGAUGAUCAGCUAGAUUUCCCUUGUAUAUCCUAUGAUCCUAUAUGUCUGCAUCAUGUGGAAACAUACCUCUCAACUGUCCAGAUUUUUGCCUCAUAUUUUUGGUCUGUUCCUCAUAAAAUUUGUGUUUUUCAGGCAAAUCUCUGAGGACUGAAGUCAGUAAAUAAUGACAGACAUUUGAGUUUCAAACUUCAUAUCCAUUAGAACAUGAAUGACAAUACAAGACCUGUUAUUCUAGCAACUUUCUAAGUUUAUAAGAGCAAUAUUUAAAAUUUGUCCAAAUUUUUGGGUCUUGGUCCCCUAUUAUUUUUGCCCUCGUUCAGAUUUCUUGUUAUAAGAGGUUGAGAGGUAGGCUUGGAAAUGAAACAUACAUGAUACCCAUCUGUUUCUGCAUUGACACUCUCUUCACCUAGCCAAUAAUAAAGAAAUAAACUCUUCUUCCUUUGCCUCUUUUCAACUGCAGUUGUUAAUGUUCAUCCCAUGCCUGACACUGAAUUCUGUUUAAACAUCCUACCAUUUUCAAAAUGUGUUAUUGUCCCUGACCAGCUGUAUAGAAUGCUCCAGCUGAUACUGAGUAUUACUCAUCUUUUCAUGUACUGUCUAUCCCAUCUAAACCAAGAAGACAAGUAAAAUGUUCACUCAAAAGUUAGGGUACCUGUGCACAUCUCAAACACACACAAAUAUCUAAUUGCUAAGGAGUGGUCAUUGUCUAUUAUUAAUGCAGAAUUUCGUACCAUUAACAUUUUUAUAUGCAAAAAACACAAUUCUUAGAAUCCAGUGCCAUCUGAACAACUCCUUUUGUACAAUUCUCAACUUAAUCUUCUGUAUGGUAAUUACCAUCCAGGGACUACUUUUAGAAUUUCUUCUGCAUUGUAAGCACAUUUCUUUUUGUCAGUAAAAUGAUAAUUAAAGUUGCUCAGUAAGCAUUGUUAGAAAUUUCAGUGCAAUAGUUUUAAUCAGCAUCAAAUGUCACCAUCUUAUGAUUUUCAUAGUUUUACUUCAAGUUUUCUUCAGAAACCAAAUAUAAACUCACAUCCUGAAAAUGCUAAAUGACUAUUUUGCUUUCAAAAGAGUAGCUUCAACCUCUUUAAAAUUGUGUUUUUGACAGUAUGUAUAGCCUACCACUAGAUAUAUGGACUACAAGAAAAGACAUUCUGAAAUGCUGUGGUCAGGAAAAAAGAAGGCAACAAUGUUAUAAAGAUACUAUGACAUUUUAAUUACAGGAUAAGGAGUGUUUCAGUUUUUAACAUUUUUCCUAAAUUUUUAAAAAGGAUGAUUUUUCAUCCUAUACUUAGGUAUAAAAUAUCUUUUCUUCAAAUGUCAUGUAACUGUAUCUGUCACAAAGUAUGAUUUCAUCAAAGAGCUAAUAGUUUAGCUAUUCCUGCACUGUCAUUGUAUGGCAAAAACUGAGUUUUUCUAAUAAAACAAACAAAAAAAACUCAAUGUAA